AUAGAUGAGCUAUUUAUCACUCAGCUUUGGUACAAUGUCCGCCUGCCUUUCUGUGUUCACGCAAUCUGAUGCUCAGCAGGGCUGUCCAGCUCUAACGGGUUACUCUAUUUUUUUAUGUUAAUACCCACAGCGGAUGGAAGCAACAGUGCUGUAAAGAAAUGGGCUAGCUAUUUCCCGAGGCUGUGAUCUGGAAGCAUUUGGAGGUAAUCAUCUGAGUCCUCCUAAGGAUUAACAUAUUUCCUGAGGAGGAUUAUGUCAUUAAAAAAAUAUAAACACAGAGGGGUUGUCUUCUAGAGUCUUCUAAGGAAACUCUAAAGGAUGGAUGACUGGAUUCAGUAAGCUGUAUUUUCCUGGCAAUCCUUAUUUCUGAACACUUGGGGGUUCACUGUAGUGAAUGUCACAGGCCCACCAAGACCACCACUAUGACUGAUGGGGAUUAUGAUUACCUGAUUAAACUCCUGGCCCUUGGAGACUCAGGAGUAGGGAAAACAACAUUUCUUUACAGAUACACAGACAAUAAGUUCAAUCCUAAAUUCAUCACUACAGUGGGAAUAGAUUUCCGGGAAAAACGUGUGGUUUACAACACACAAGGAGUGGAUGGAUCUCCAGGGAAAGCAUUUAAGGUCCACCUGCAGCUUUGGGACACUGCUGGACAAGAGCGAUUCCGGAGUCUCACCACUGCCUUUUUCCGAGAUGCCAUGGGCUUCUUAUUAAUGUUUGACCUCACCAGUCAACAGAGUUUCUUGAAUGUCAGGAACUGGAUGAGCCAACUGCAAGCAAAUGCUUACUGUGAAAACCCAGAUAUAGUAUUAAUUGGCAACAAGGCAGACCUGCCAGACCAAAGGGAAGUCAAUGAACGGCAAGCCCGGGAGCUAGCUGAAAAAUAUGGCAUACCAUACUUUGAAACAAGUGCAGCAACGGGACAAAAUGUAGAGAAGUCUGUGGAAACUCUUCUGGACUUAAUAAUGAGGAGAAUGGAAAGGUGUGUAGAGAAGACACAGGUUCCGGACACUGUCAAUGGUGGAAACUCAGGAAAGCUGAAUGGGGAAAAGCCAGCAGAAAAGAAGUGUGCCUGCUAGAGACACUCCUAGGAACAAGUGAUGAAGAGCACACCCAAAUACUACAUCCUGAAAUAAUGCAAAUCACAGAGUUUUUGUUGAGUAGCUCGUGAGCAAUGGCAUGUAUUUCUCCUCCUGUCCCAAUCUACACUAAUAAACCAGAAUAGUCAGUAGUGUUAAAAG